UACAUUCUAAUCGCGCUUUGAAGAAUCGGCCACACUCGCAGCUCCCGCUUUCUUUCGCUCAACAGAGUCCACCACGCCGCGCGACUAGACGGAACGAGGGGCUAGAAUCGCUUUACUGGUGCUGGCCCCUCGAUAUAACGACGGCGGGCAAAAAGCUUUGCCUCGCGCAGACCCUCGCGCGUUGCCAAGUUCAGACAUUCUCGCGUCUCGCAGAGCCGCAGGUCGUCCUCGCCAAGGCCCUUCUCCACCGCGGCCGUCCGAUGGACUCUGUUCUGUGUCGUGAGCUGGUGGAGAAGGGCCUUGGCGAGGACGACCUGCGGCUCCUGCGAGACGCGGGGUAUGUCAACCGAGAACGUCUGAACUUGGCAACGCGCGAGGGUCUGCGCGAGGCGAAGCUUUUGCCCGCCGUCGUGGAUAUUAUCAAGAGAUGUCAACGUGCAACAGACCCUGGCCCCGGCUCCGGUACCGGCUCGGGCACCAGCUCCGGCUCGGGCACUAGCACGGGCCCCUCGCAACCAACAGCAGCGCAGGUCUCGGCGCCGCUGCUGCCGCCGCCGCCGCCGCCGACCGGCGCCAUCCUGCCCGUUUGGGAGGUGUUUGCGGACGGCUCCAAAGAGUUCCUGGGCACCCUCACAAUCAUCAGCGCCGACGGGGUCGCCGUCACGGCACGGCACGUGGUGCUGUGGGGCGACGGCCGCAUGCACCCGCGGCGGCUGUUUGUGGGGGAAGGCGACGUGCAGGCGCGCCACCUGGCCAGCUUUCCCGUGGUUGACGUGACCCUGCUUCGGCUGCUACGGACGACGGCCGGGCUGCUCGGCGCUGGUUCUGGCGACAGCGGGGGUGCUGGUGGUGGCCGCAGCAGCAGCAGCAGCAGUCAGGGUUCAGGCGGCGCGGCCCCUGCGGCUGCUGGCGGCGUGACGGGGGCAGCGGCUCCGUUCCCACACAUGAAGAUUGCCCCGGAUGAGUCCUUCGCCCCCGGUGCCCAGCUGACCGUGUACAGCUAUCCGGCGAUGGCGGUCUGGCACAACCUCCUCAGGUCCGGCCCGGCGCCGACGCAUGGGCUGUUAUCAUUUUUCUCGCCGGGCCAACUGAUGGGCCUGGCCGACUGCGCCGGGGUCCCAGGCUCCUCGGGCGGUGCCGUGACAUGCGGCGGCAAGUUCAUCGGCAUCCACAUUAAAGCCAUAUCGCACGACAGCAGUGGUGGCGAUACGACGCAGCCGCCGCCGGCCAACAGCUUCAUCGCCGCCCCUCCCAUGCCCGCUGCCUCAACCGCCGCGCCGGCGAGACCUCCGGCGCAGGAGCUGGGUGAGGCGCUUGAGGUGAUGGACGACCCCAUGCAGCGGCCGAGGGCUGGCGGGACGGCGGCGGCGGGCGGCGCGGCGGCUGGUGCGACGGUGGCGGCUGCGGGCAGCGCGGCGGCGGGCGGGCGCGGGCGGUCCAUGUCCAUGGUUGGGGUGGUCAGCGAGCUGGGGGGGAGGAUUGGCGCACUGGAGCUCAACCAGAAGGAUCAGGACCAGAAGGGCGCGCUGUCGCUGUUUGCACGCUGGCACGUUGUCGCUACGGCGCUGCAACUCGCCGGCAUCCCGCCGCCGCAGAGCGGCCAGGCGCGGGUGGUGCCGGCCCGGGAGCUGGCGACCGCGCUGGCGAGGCGCCUGCCUGCUGCCAAAAGGCUGCGGCCAUGAGAUGAUUCCAGAGAUGAUGUCUGGGCGGGCGGGGGUUGGCUCAGCACGCGAGUCGCAUAUGGAUCCAGGCAGAGGGAAAGAGAGAGGGAGAGAGAGAGAGAGUCAGAGUCAGAGCGCUGAAGGCACCACUGGAUGUGGUACGAGAGACAACUACUAGGGACGCGGGUAAGUCUGGUUCUCUCCCAGUUGGCUUGUGGGAUGGUUGCUGUCCGUGAGGUCUUGCGGCACGAUCCCAAGCCACAGGGUUCACAGCAGCGGUGGUCCCUUUUCGGACUGAGCCCCCCGAGCGAAGCGAUCCAGGGGGGGGGAUCACACAACCCGCCGGUGCUGCGUUCAAUAGUUAGUAGCAGUGACAGCACACCCGCCCCCUCUACGCACACGCACGCCGCGCCUUCCCAUCACGGCCUGUCACGCUCGCACGCGCUGCGCCCAGCACAGCGGCAUGAAAAGUGGUGCGGCUGUUAGUUGACAACUGUGUUACGUCUGGCUGCUGUUAGCUCUGCUGUGGCAUCGCGAUUGCUAGGCACCUUGUUUGGCUAUGUGCCUGUGGAAACCGACCCCGGCUAUGUCCGGGCGAUGAGGUUGUUCGGCCUCAGACUGUGGAGUGGACUUGUAACCAAUGCAAUCUGUGGAGGGGCUCAGCCCCUUUUCCCGUGACCGGGGAACACUUGUCGGACUGUCCUUGUGGAAAGUGCGUCAUCGCGGCAGUUGUUGCUGGUAAGGGCUGGUAACGGCUAAAGCAGUGCGGUUCAGGACGACGAACGGGAGACGAAGCGGAGUUAUUCAUUCUGGAGGGCAAGCUCAAGCUAUCGCUGCGACGUGUUGCGACGUGUUUCGUGAUGGCGGGUACAGCAUAAACCGUAUUUUGUGUCACUGUGUCGAACUGUCGAUCCCAGUAAU